GGCAGCUGUUGCUGGCUUGGCCGGCGGCCAGGCUGCAGCCCGCUGCGCUCGGAGGAAGCCUCCGGCCUCCAUUUCCCAGGGCUGCCGCACGGCUCCUCGCUCGCCCCACCAUGCUGUCGCUGCCGUCCUUGCGCAUGGGCAUCUUGUCCAGAAGAGGGAUCGUGGCCGCUGCAAGUGUCCGAGCAGCCCAUGGACACGGCGGACAUGUGACUACUCAAGAGGAUCUCUCGGCACCCCAGUAUUACGAAAACCGCAACCACCCACUUCCUGAUACCCCCUAUCGCAAGGAACUGGACACCUCCCAGAAGAGCCUGAAGGAGAAGGAGAAAGGAUCGUGGAAGCAACUGAGCAAUGAAGAGAAGUUGGCCUUGUAUCGACUGAAGUUCCACCACAGCUUCGCGGAGAUGACCAAGCCAACCAACGAGUGGAAGACGGUGCUGGGUGGCAUGUUCAUCAUUUUCGGCCUCACGGGAUUAGUUGUCUUGUGGCAGCGAAUUUAUGUGUUCCCUCCGAAGCCGCACACCCUAGAGGAUGACUGGAAAGCCAUGCAGGUCAAGCGGAUGCUGGAUAUGCACAUCAACCCGGUGCAGGGCUUUUCGGCCAAGUGGGAUUACGACAAGAACGAGUGGAAGAAGUAAACAGCGGCACCCUCCAAUUCCCGUCCCCCCCAAGCAGGAUUGGGCUGCCAUUCCCGUGACAGGACCCUGGAAGGGCAGCAGAAGACAGAAAAGCAGGGGUCAGGCCCUGCCUUUCCCUACUGUCGGGUAACCCUUUCUUGGCUAGAGCUUUCUGAAUUCAUCCAGUGUGCCUUUCCCCAAAUCUCUCUUCUCUUGUCUUAUGCAAGGGAGUUUGGGAAUGGGCAGCUAGUGGCUGCCUUCCAGGAUCGGGGUAUUUUUCCUUCCUGCGUGGCCUUCCCUUACUCGGCACCUCCUGAGUUAAUCUUUAUUCACACACAAUAAAACACUCGCUCGAUUUCA